AUGUCCGCAGACGAAGCUUCCGCCGCCCCCGCCGCCACAAAAUCCCAGAAGUGCCCUGAACAACGCUGCACGGCGGCUCUCACCACCAAGUCCAACUUGAACAGACACAUGCGCAAGCAUGGCCGCAAGGUCCGAAUGCCGUGCGGGAAAGAACUGAAAGAUCAUCCUACCAACAACACGCGGCACCAGAAGAGUUGCGACAAGUGCCAGAGCGUACACGCCGCUGGGGUGAGAGGCAGCGUUGUUGCCGGAGCCGGCACCAAUACCCACCCGCAUCCGGUCGGCAACCCCCCGGAUGACUCAGCUAUUCCCACCCAGCAUAUCCUGCACCACGCUCCAGAAUCCCAUACCGCGCCCGAAUAUAUUAUAAGUGCAAACCCUGAGCUUCAAUACCUUUUUGUUAUUGAUCCCACGCCUCAAGUUUAUGAGCCGAGCCAGGCCUACUGGCCGACUGACCCCGGUGCUUGGGCCGGAGAUGGUGAUGAAGUACCGGACUUGGACAACUCUCUUUUGCAGUUCGGCUUUUCAGAUUCUGUUGGAGGUACGUAUACAGGUCAGAAUGAAGAGGGGCGACAUGGGGUGUAUGCAUUGUAAGAGAGUAGACGUGGGGGUGCAGUGUGAGGGAGGGCGUUGGUUUAACCCACGUUUGGCCGUUGGUCGGGACAUCAAUGCGUCAGGCACUCGAGCCGGAACCUUCAUCUUCAAUACAACGAUUGACGCAUAGUACCACAUCCAGAAAUGCAAUCCUGCACCGUGCUGACGUGCGUCGCAGCUUGC